CCCACUACCCCCUCCCAUUUCUUCCCAAAUUCUCCUCUCCUCCUCCGCCCCUUUCUAGGGUUUCCAUUUCGCCCUCCUCCCCGAUGGUUUGAUUUGCGUAUGGGGGAGGAAAAGGAGUCAUUUUUCUGCGUUUGAAACUUACGGGGGUUUCUAUUAGGAGAUCGGAUUCUUGUCGUGACCCAACGGAUUUGGUUGUUUUUGUUGUCGAAAUCAGAGAAAAGAUCCGAUUUUUGCGGCCUCAAAAUCAAUUGGAGAUCUAGCGAGUAUUUGGAAGGAAAGGUCGAAUCUAUCUGUUUCUGGGCCUUUGUUUUCCUCAAUAAGUGUCUUCCUCUGCUGCGGCCAUGGAUACGGCCUCGUCCUACUGGUGCUACCGCUGCAGCCGCUUCGUCAGGGUCUGGCCUCACGAUGCCGUCGUCUGCCCCCACUGCGACGGCGGAUUCCUCGAGGAGGUGGGGAGCCCUCCGCGUUUCGCCGCCUUCGGCGGCGAUGCUCGCAGGCGACGCUUCCCUGCCGCGGCGAGGUACAUGGUGAACGACGAUGCCGCGUCUGCCGGCGCCGCGCGCCCCCACCACCCGCAUGCCGACCUUCGUUUUCGCCGCCACCGCCGCACCUCCGUGGGCGACCGCUCCCCCUUCAACCCGGUCAUCGUCCUCCGCGGCCCGGUCGCCGGUGGUGGCGGGGAUCCCGACCGCGCCCCUGCUGCUAGCUUCGAGUUCUACUACGACGAUGGGGCGGGAUCCGGCCUCCGGCCCUUGCCCGAAAGCGUGUCGGAUUUCUUGAUGGGCUCGGGCUUCGAGCGGCUCCUGGAGCAGCUCUCCCAAAUCGACAUCCACGGUAUUGAUGGCGGCCGGGCGUGCGAGCACCCGCCCGCAUCGAAGGCUGCCAUCGAGUCGAUGCCCACCAUUGAGAUCGCCGCCGGCCAUGUUAAGAUGGAGACCCACUGCGCCGUCUGCAAGGAACCAUUCGAGGUCGGUACCGAGGCUCGGGAGAUGCCCUGCAAACAUAUAUACCAUCAAGAUUGCAUCUUGCCAUGGCUUUCGCUCCGGAACUCCUGCCCUGUGUGCCGCCACGAGAUGCCCACAGAUGUGCGUGAAAUGGGUGCGGCGGAGACCGACGGUGAUGAACAGGCUCCCAUGGGUGGGAACACGGACGAUUUGGUCGGCCUCACGAUAUGGAGGCUGCCGGGGGGUGGGUUUGCAAUUGGGAGGUUCUCAGGGGGGAGAAGAGCGGGGGAAAGGGAGCUUCCAGUAGUUUACACAGAGAUGGAUGGUGGAUUCACCAUCGGUGGUGCACCUAGAAGGAUCUCAUGGGCCUCUAGAGGGAGUCCGUCAGGGGAGAGAAGAGGAAUUGGUAGGGUAUUUCGCAAUUUCAUCUCAUUUUUGGGACGCUUCCGCUCAUCUUCUUCCGCUUCUUCAAGAUCAAGUUCAGAUUCUGGUUCCACUGUUUCACCAAGGAACCGCAGAAGUUUGGUCUUCAGUAGGAGUUCACGAAGGCGCAGCUCUAGCUGGGCAAUGGAAGAUGGGAGUAUUAGAGCAAUUACAAGAUGGUGACAGAGGAGACAGAGGAAAAAGUGGAAGAAAAAUUGCCUCUUUUGUCUAGUUUCAAGUUACAAUAGUUGUAGCUAUCCCUUUGUUUUUUCAUGUAAGAGGAGGAAAAUAGGAUCAUGACAAAUGGAGAUCAUUGUUUUUUCCUCCAUAAUUCCAUUGUAAGUAGAAUAUUUCGGGAAAAAAAUUGCAGUUUCUUGCUAUUUGUGAUCUCUUUUUUGGACUUGGAAUUAAGCAGCUCUAGUUUUUGAGCUGGACUUUGUAAUAUUAGGAAGGUACAUGCUCUGUGAAUAAUAUAGAAUUCAUCUUUUAUAUU